GCCCGGGGCGGGAGGAGCCGCGGCCCGUGUUCGUCCCCCCUCCCCCCUCCGGGUCCUCAUCCUUAAAGCUCGAGUCCGCUCGCCCCGCCUGUUGGAGAGGGCACAGGGCAGCGGAGGGCGUUUGGCCGCGGCUAGCCAGCAUUGAGCGAGCAGGCGUCUGAGGCGACAGAGCGGCGGCAACUGGCCCGGAGUCCCGGCCCGGUACGGGGACCGUGAAGGGAAGGUCCGGGGCACGGUUGCCCUCGGUGGCAGUGCGGCCGAGCCCAAACUACCCAGGUCGCUACUCCCUUCAGUCUAGGAGGCGCACAGUCGCUUGGGGCUGCCGCCAUCCCGAGGGCGGGGCUCCUGGGAAUUGGGUAUCUGGACCGCCGCGGUCUGUUCCAACCGCCGCCCGCACCAGGUAGUGACAUCGUCCAGCCCGUGACCAUGUUCGACAAGACGCGGCUGCCGUACGUGGUCCUCGAUGUGGUGUGCGUGUUGCUGGCUUCCAUGCCUAUGGCUAUUGUAAAUUUGGGCCAAAUAUAUCCAUUUCAGAGAGGCUUUUUCUGUACUGACAGCAGCGUGAAGUACCCGUACCAUGACAGUACCGUCACAACCAGUAUACUCGUCAUAUUGGGGCUUGGCUUACCCAUUUUCUCUAUUAUUAUUGGAGAAACUCUGUCUGUUUACUUUAAUGUCUUGCAUUCGAAUUCCUUUGUCAGCAAUCACUAUAUAGCCACUAUUUACAAAGCCAUCGGAGCCUUUCUGUUUGGAGCUGCAGCUAGUCAGUCCCUGACUGACAUCGCCAAGUAUUCUAUAGGCAGAUUGCGGCCGCACUUCUUGGCUGUCUGUAACCCAGACUGGUCAAAAAUCAACUGCAGUGAUGGUUAUAUUGAGAACUUCAUAUGCCAAGGGAAUGGAGACAAAGUCAGGGAAGGCAGGUUGUCCUUCUACUCAGGCCACUCCUCAUUCUCUAUGUACAGCAUGCUGUUUAUGGCACUUUAUCUUCAAGCCAGGAUGAAGGGAGACUGGGCAAGACUCUUACGACCCACACUACAGUUUGGGCUUAUUGCUUUAUCCAUAUAUGUGGGCCUUUCUCGAGUGUCUGAUUACAAACACCACUGGAGUGACGUGUUAGUUGGACUAAUUCAAGGAGCUGCUGUUGCGAUAUUAGUCGCUUUAUACGUAUCGGAUUUCUUCAAGGACACACAUUCUCACAAAGAGAGGAAAGAGGAGGACUCCCAUACAACUCUACACGAAACCACCACCGCACAGAGCUACUCAAGCAAUCAUGAGCCCUGAAGGGUGCCGGGAGCUGGCCAGCUUCGGGGGAACUUCUCGCUGGAGGCAGAAGGCAGGAAGAUGCAGAUCUCGUCCUGUGUCCAGGCCGUUCAUUAAAGGACUGCUGCUAUACCUCUUGGAUGCCCACUUCAUCUGUGUAUAUAGUUACUUUUAACACAAUGAAUAUCUAAUAGUUCAAUUUAAAAAAGUUUAAGCCUUCCACUAAAACACUGCCCCACCUGUACAUUUUUUAUUGAAAGAUGCUAUGUACAAAUGUGUAUGUUACAUGCCUUCUCAGAAUAUUUGACUUAAAUAUAAUAAAAUACUUGUGAAUCAUU